AUGGUUGAACUGCAAUUAAACUCUACAAUCAAAAUAUUUCAAUCUGACAAUGCGGCUGAAUAUGUGAGCCUAGCUAAAGAUUUACAGGUGCAAGGGAUCAUGCACAGGUUCUCCUGUCCACACGAACAUCAGCAGAAUGGCAGUGCAGAGAGGAAACAUAGGCAUGUUGUGGAGAAAGCCUUAGCUAUCCUGGCUGGAGCUGGCAUGCCAAUGCAGUAUUGGGGGGAGGCCUUUGUCAUGGCAAUACACCUAAUAAACAGGUUGCCUACUCCAGUCUUGAAAGAUCAGUCACCCUUUGAGAAACUAUUUGGAAAGAAGUGUGACUACUCCAGGUUGAAAACCUUUGGCUGUUUAUGCUUUCCGCAUUUGCGACCCUACAACAGACACAAACUUGAGUUUAGAUCAGCAGCCUGUGUGUUUUUAGGCUACAGUGCAGUUCACAAGGGCUACAGAUGCCUUACUCCACAAGGCAAAAUAAUUGUUUCCAGCAAUGUAAUUUUUGAUGAGUCUCAAUUUCCCUUCAAAACUGGAACCUUCAUAUCCUCCCCUAACCCAGAAAAAGCUCCAUCCCAUAUUCAUUUGUCUCCAACCAUUCCACUUAUCAAAAGAUGUCCAACCCAGCUCCCACAACCUUCCUUGUCAAAUACCUCAAACCAACUCAAUCAGUCACAAACAUCAGCAGCUAUACAGCCUCAAUUAUCCUCACACUCUUUACCUACACAAGCAGCCUCAGCAACACCCUCUAUCUCUAAUACCUCUAGUCAUUCUGCUUCCACCUUCCCUGCACCCUCAGCUCCCUCUGACACACCAAUCCCAGUCCCUAUUUCUGACCUAGCUAAACAGGUGGUUCAAGUUAGUCAUGUCCCUGGUACAAUACAACUAGCUGAUGUGUUGACAAAGUCCUUGCCAAGUGCUACGUUUCUAGAAUUCAGAUCUAAGCUAAUGGUGGAAGACUUGAAGAAGCUCAAUGUUGCUGGACUCAAUCAAGAAGAGUCAAGGGAGGAAGCAGUCAAGGAGCAUCCUGAAAACUCAAAAAGGAAUAAUGAAGCAACAGCAGAGAGACCAAUCAGUAGGGGUCAUGAUGGAGUUGUUCAGUUAACAAGUCUGAAGCAACAACCAAAAAGGCCAAUCAGCAGGGGUGAUGAGAGAGUUGAGUUAGCCAAGUAA